AUGGGAAAUUGGAGCACAGUGACUGAAUUCACUCUCAUUGCCUUUCCAGCUCUCCUGGAAAUGCGAGUACUCCUCUUUUUGACUCUCUUACUGACUUACACAUUGACAGCAACAGGAAAUAUCAUCAUCAUCUCCCUAAUAUGGACUGAUCACCGCCUGCAAACUCCAAUGUACUUUUUCCUCAGUAAUUUGUCCUUUCUGGAUAUUUUGUACACCACUGUCGUUACCCCAAAGCUGCUAGCCUGCCUCCUAGGAGAGAGGAAGACCAUAUCCUUUGCUGGCUGCAUCACCCAAACAUAUUUCUACUUCUUUCUGGGGACAGUGGAGUUUAUCCUCUUGGCGGUGAUGUCCUUUGACCGUUAUGUGGCCAUUUGUAACCCCCUGCGCUAUACCAUCAUCAUGAACAGCAGAGCCUGCCUCCUGCUGGUCCUGAGCUGCUGGGUGGGCGCCUUCCUGUCUGUGUUAGUACCAACCAUUGUAGUGACAAGGCUACCGUACUGUAGCAAAGAAAUUAAUCAUUUCUUCUGCGACAUUGCCCCUCUUCUACAGGUGGCCUGUGUAGACACUCACCUCAUUGAGAAGAUAAACUUUCUUCUCUCUGCUCUUGUCAUCCUGAGUUCCCUGGCGUUCACUGCUGGGUCCUACACCUACAUAAUUUCUACCAUAUUGCGUAUCCCUUCAGCCCAGGGGCGACAGAAAGCUUUUUCUACCUGCGCCUCUCACAUCGCAGUUGUGUCCAUUGCUUAUGGGAGCAACAUCUUCGUGUAUGUGAGACCCAAUCAGAACUAUUCGCUGGAUUUCGACAAGGUAGCUGCCGUCCUCAUCACAGUAGUGACCCCACUUCUGAACCCUUUCAUCUAUAGCUUGAGGAAUGAGAAGGUAAAAGAAGUGUUGAGGGGGACAAUGGACAGAAUCAUGUCUGUGACUUUAAGGAAAACUUGA